CCGAGAGAGAAAACCUUUUUAUCUCAUUGGUCUUGUGUUUAGUCAAUUCAAUCGUGCGUCGCUCACGCGGUAUCCGCCUACAUGCAGUUACAGUGUCGACUUGAGAGCCGAACUAAUUGAAGGAAAAGGGAAUACAUUUGGAGAUUUAAAGGGCCAAAUGGGAAGUCUACCAGAUACCAGUGUUCUGACCACACAGCUGGAGAACACGCUAAUAUCUUACCACAGCAUUGAGGAUGAUGAAUGGAGGUUGGCGAAGCAUUCGAAAGAUGUAAAAGUAUGGAGAAAGCCAUCAGAGGAAUUCAAUGGAUUUCUGUAUAAAGCCCAAGGUAUUGUAAAGGACACUCCCAAAAGAAUAGUCGAUUAUAUUCGCCCUGGACCAUUCCGACUGGACUGGGAUAGUUUGAUGACGUCAAUGGACAUUGUAAAAACAUUUGAUAAGAAGGAGUGCUGUGUGAUGCGAUAUACAACAGCCGGACAGCUAUGGAACAUCAUCGCUCCCAGGGAGUUCAUCGACUUUUCUUACACUACAGACUACCAAGAUGGCCUUCUGUCCUGUGGCAUCAGCGUGGAACAUGGGGAACAGCACCAGAGCUUCGUCAGGGGCUUCAAUCACCCCUGCGGCUGGUUCUGCGUGCCGGAAGAAGCGAGCCCAGCUCAGAGCCUGCUAACGGGCUACAUCCAGACUGACCUCCGAGGGAUGCUCCCCAAGUCUGCAGUGGACACUGCCAUGGCCAGCACCCUGGUCAACUUCUUUGUGGACUUGCGACGGGCGCUGAAGUGAUCAACGCCUUCUGCUGAGCCCCCGCCACUCCUUCCAUUACCAUCACAGCUCCAGCACAAUUUAACUCAGGGUUGCUUUGAAUAGGUAUAGCCCGUUACCUUUCCUUCUCUUACCUACAAUCGACAUCAGUCCUGUUCUUUAUGGAUGUAUGCAUCCUGUUGCACUGUUAAAUGUGAAAUCAUUCAAAUCUAUUAUUAUUAUUAUUAUUAUUAUUAUUAUUAUUAUUAUUAUUAAUACUAUUACGAUUCUUAUUAUUAAUAAUAAUAAUAAUAAUAAUAAUAAUAAUAAUAUAAUAUAAUAUAAUAUAAUAUAAUAUAAUAUAAUAUAAUAUAAUGCAUUUAUUUGCCCUUUGAGGUGUUCUCCUCAAAGGGCAACUUACAAAUCAUGAUAGUUUUGUGACAAAACAACAUAAAUAUGAUUUCAUUAAAAAAGAAAACUGAUGGAAUACCAUGGGAUUCAUAUUUUAGCAAAUACCAGAGAAAUUAAAAAUGGAAUGAAAGGUCUAGUGUGCAAUUGGAUUUUCUCUGGAUAUAUAUUAAAGUUUCUGACAGUUAUAUUGGAAAGACAGUGCAUGCAAUAGACUAUUCAGUGAUUUACUAUAAAUCAAUGGUGCUAAUUUAUGGGAUACUGUGUAGACUUCUGAGUUUUUUAGCGUUAACAGUAAUAUUAUGUAUUAUAUAUAUCAUUGCAUAUAUAAUAUUGAAACUUACCUCCAUAGAUUUUAUUUAUUGAAUGCAUUUUAAAUGUUUAAGAAUUAUAUGUUGUGAUAAACCCAUACAGCCAGCAUGAAUGUCACAGGGAAUGUAACCAAAGUGUUAAGAGUCAAUUAACAAUUCAUGUGUAUUGUCAUACCUACAGUAGGCCUUGUUGUUUCUGUGCAUUUCUUAGUUAUAAAUGUUGUAACCAUAAAUCUAUAGUACUGUAUGUAAUCCAGUAGGAACAGCCAGAAGAACUGAACGGGAGUUAGUCCUAAAAUUCUAUUAAAUCACCCAGUUUGUGUAGUUCAUUCAGAAUUAUUGAGGAUUUCGUCUUAUUUGCAUAAUAUGCUAAUCAAGCCUCAUCUGCCUGCCAAUCACAAAAUUAAACUCCUAGUUUUAAUACAGAAUCAGACAUAUUCUGGGAUGGUAUUUGCGCUCUGACCAGUAAUACUGUAUAGAAUAGAAUAUUAGUUUGGAGUUAGUUAGUGCUGGUGUAGAAGCAGCUCGCUAUGUUCUUUCAUCCCAGUCAAAUUUCACUUAUGAUAAUGAGCUCGGUAAGCUUGGUACUGCAACUACUAGUUUAUUCCUUUGGCAGAUAAGCUUAUCCACUUACCAAGCUGUCAUUGCAAGAUAUAUAGGGCAUAGCCUUACAAGGACGGGUAAUUUAAUUGUGAAGAGUGCAUGUUAGAUUUGUAUGGCCUUAUCAGCAUUUCAGACUUGACUAUAAUCCUCAUUGUUUGAAGCAAGGUGAUAGGAGCCUGUAAAUCUGUAAAUCUGUGUGUACUUGUUGAACAAUAUUCAUUGUUUUUUUAAGCAGUGAAUUUACAAUUAUUUACUUAAUACUGACAAUUUACAUUUAAAAAAUAUCAAAUGCAGUUGUUUUACACAAGUGUAGUUUAUGAAGGAAAGUGCAUUUACCUAUGCUCUUCUAAAUUACAUUACAGGCAUUUGGCAGACGCUCUUAUCCAGAGCGCUAUAAGCAAAUUUUAUGUUAUGAGAUAUUGUCUUUUUCCCCCCAUUGGUCCAAUUGUAGCAUUUAUAAAGAUCCUAAGAGUGAUUGUUCUGUACAGUAUAUUAUGCAUUUAAAAGGGGAAAAAUGUUUUUCAUGUUAUCUUCAGUUUUAAAUAUGUAUUUUGCUUUGAUGUAUUGAAACAUUCCUAUUAAAUGCAUUUUGUUUGGA